UCGGCAGUCGGGUCAUCCGAGAGCUGGUCGAACAAAGUAUAGAUUGAGCGGGGUUGUAAUAUAUUUAGAUGAUUGGAACAAGAACCUUCGCUAUAGCAACUUUCUCUCCACUCCCAAGUAAGGCCCCCCAGCAGUUCUUGCUACCAAGAAAGCGAUCAAAUGAAAAGUGUCCCAGCAUCGUCGCGUGGCGAUGAGUGAUCGUUCCGACGAGCCCUCGGCAGCAGCCCCACUCAGCUACAUCGCAGCUGUGAUCAUUUCCAUAUUUUUCCUUGCAGCCUUGUAUGUGCUCUGCAUCGUUUGUCGGUAAUAUGCAGGUAUUGUCUGACAGACUUGGGGACACAGGACAAUGUAUGGCGCAAGACAGAUGCUGUGCUUUCGUUCGCAUGACCAGACUGCGCCAGCACGAGUGCCCGACCCGGAAAACCUACCACUUGAUGACCGCCCAGGAACCAUCACGAAAUCCGAUCUCGAGGAGCGGUUUCCUCCGACAAAGUAUGGUGUCUGGCGGGUGCGUUGCCACCGUGAUAGCGUUUGGGGGGAAUCUGUCCCCCAUGAAGAUGCGCCACGGUCGGAAGCUGGUUCAAAGGAUGACAGCGGACGCCACGUACAACCGGAAGGAAAAACACCAAUAAAGACGUCUGAGCCCGGGGCAAUUUCACCCGAUGCACUAGAAGACAUUCCUCUCGACAGGAAAGACGGUAAUGAUGGGAUAGAGGCCAACGCGGAACACGUUAACCUUUCCUGUGUGAUAUGCAUGGAAUCAUUCAACGAUGAGGACAGCAUUCGAGUCUUGUCCUGCGGGCAUAUCUUUCACGCCGGGUGUGUAGACCCUUGGCUCACCAAACGGCAGGCGCGCUGUCCUCUCUGCAAAACAAAGUUCUCCCGGCCAGCGUCCCAGCCACAGCCAAGCAGCCAUGUGUAUGCAUCUCGUACGAUCAUGCCUUCGAUUCCGGCAGCAGUCCUAGUUCACAGCCUCGCCACUUCACACGCACGCUGAGGGCUCUUGAUAGCUCUCAAAAGGCCUGGAAAUCACUCGCACCUUGGAAGGGCGGAACCCCGACGGCUGAGACCAUUGCCAAGAUAUGGGGAGAGGAACCAAU